AUGGAACUCGACGGACAGCAGGCUCACAAUUUAGGCAGGAAACCCUCAAGAAAUCUUCCAGUCGACGCACGGGGCGUGCAAUUUUCGGACACUUCUGAGGUUGAGCAGUCAUUACAUUGGUGGCGCGUUGAUGCCCAAGAUCUAUUUCCUUGCUGGAUGGAAGGUACGGAUGUCAGCGACACUGAAUCCGAAGAAGAACAGACAGAGACUCAUGAUCAGAGUAUUUCUCUCCCAUGGGACGUUCAUCCCCAAACUCUCGAUCAUAAUUCCCCUUUAACCUCGGAUCGCCUCGCCGAUAGGCUAGAAUGGCUACUACAGCGCACCACACUCGAACCGACAACUACUGCACCAAUACACAAGUCACCGGACCCUCCUCUUCCACACCCUUUACGUGUUCUUCACACGCGGCGCUCUGUGCCCUAUCAGAAACCAAUCGCUCCAAUUGGUGAACCCAUCACUUGUCAAUUCCCACUCAGUAAUCCAAUGCAUAUUCCACUGGUGUUGCACAAUCUACAUCUCCUUUGGUCCUUUCAAUUGGAUUCCUCACGGACCACCACUGGCCUACUUCAGCAGCAACCUCAACACUUACGUGUGAUCUCCAACGAGACCAAUUCAGUUGUCGCUACCUCUCGAUCCAUCCGGCAGCUCGUCUCCACUGACGUCCUCUCCGAACUAAUCCUUCUACCCGAAGAGAACAAAACUUUUGAAGUCGGCUUGGUAGUGAGACAAAAAGGAGAGUUGCUUAUUCACGGAUUAUGUUUUGACUGGGACUAUCAGUCCACACAAUUCGUACAAUCUGCAACCUUCGACACCAACGAUCCUGUUGAGGGGAUUGCGGUGGAACAUUUGGUUAAGUCAGCUUUCUCAGCCCCUGAAACGAGUGCAUCUGUGCAAGAAUCUCUGAGACUGGCCAAAAACGGUUUUAUCACGGGAAAAUGGAUGGGCAGCUCGUUUCCCAACUAUGAAUCUGCUUCCGCAGUACGCGGGAAAGUCACUCUGUUAAACUUUUCACUCAAUGUAGAUGCUGGCGAACCCAAGCUACCAGAAACCCUAUCACCACUUGCUUGGACCAUUACAAACGCGGCUCCGCUUCUAAAGGUAGCAUUUAGUGAUUUGCCGUCGAAGAUACUUCAGGGCCAAGUCUUCCGGUUGGAGCUAACUUUGAGCAACCUUGGAUCGGAACCUUUGUCUCGUAUUCGGUUAGCUUCCAAUUGGCCCGGUUCCAUCACCUUUGGUUCCGAUGGCUUCUCUCGAAACCCCGAUCAUUCUGUCAUCUACGAGACACGGGACUCGCACACUCAAUGUCAUUCCAUUUGGCGCUCUGUUCUGGCUGUGCAACCUUGGAUUGAGGUACCUUAUUAUCAGUCUCACGAGCCAGUACCAGUGCUACUUCCCGGAAGCACUGUAUCUAUUCCCAUGUGGUUACGCGCCCCCCAUCUCUCUCACUCAUAUCGAAGCUUGCCUAAAAGCCGAAUGGCGCGCCGUCGCGCGUCCACCCCAAUAAGCAUAUACGGACCCUCCUCUGCGACUCAACAACGCCUCAUUCAUCUGGCAUUUCAAUACGCUGUCACCAAGCAGAACCAGGACUAUCCGGUUUUGAACUAUCGGUUUGUGCGACAUCAUCACGAGCUUGAACUGCGACCUUCCCUACGACUUGAGGCCUUGGCGGUGCCGAGCCACUGUACUGGGGUGCACACUUUACUCAUCUUGCUUCGGAUCCACAAUCAGACACCAAAAUCGACGAAAACCUCAUUCGAAAUCCUCCAAGUCUCAUGUGGCAGUCGGAACUGGGCCAUAUCCCCUCCACCAUCAAGUUUGCCCGUACACAUGGUGGACCGUCCUCGUGUGGAUCCGGGUGGGACCAUUGUCUUAUACCUUCAAGCAGUACCCUCGUUAUCUUAUCCGGAUGACCAAGAUUCCACCACGUCCACCCCCAUUACUCGCUCCGUUACGCGCACCUUGUUCACUACUGUCCCAUAUUCCUCAGGGGAGCUAGUUGAAGUGACUGCCUCACCGUGUAUAGAUUUUUAUCAGCUUUCUGGGGUUAAUUGGAACCACUCCAUCCGAAAGAGACCCAACAAAGAAUCUUUGGGCAUUACUCUUGUGCUUUUAUGGAAGGCACGUGUCGCUUCAGUCGAUCCCAGCGAAGGAGCAUUCUAUGGGCAGAGCCAUGUGAGCAUCACUCGACUCGGUAUCCCUGCAGUUGUGCCGUUCGAAGAGCAUCACCCUCCAGACCAACCGCGCAUUUCCCCGUGCCCAUCUGAACCCGUUGUUACCCCUCGAAGUUCGCAACUUGUUCGUCUACAUUUGCGUCAUGCUAGUCGCCUCGUUCAUACUUUCUGCACUCGACCGCUGCUUUCGAAUAGGCCGUCUGCUUCUACGUGCUCUCCGCUGGCACCAAAUCCGGCACCUUGCACUGCUCCAUUACAAACUGCUAUGUUGGACUCGAUUCAGUGGGUGACCAAAUGUUUGGCUGUCAUUCCAGUCGAAGUUGUGUUAUUCAAUGCGACUUGCGUCCCUGUCGAACUGGUCCUCGAAUCAUCAGAUGUGACAUCUCAAGCAAAUGAACAGAAUUCACUCGCAUCCAUUCCUCUUAACCAGCACGAACUUCUCAACCCCCUUGUCUGUCGGCGACUUGGUGCAAAUGCUGUUAUGUCUUGUGUUCGCUGGGUCGGUCUGAUUCGUCAGCGUUUCAUGUUAUCUGCGAAUGAAUCACGAGUACUGCACCUGGAAGCGCGCGUUCCACGACCUGGUAUGUAUCGGUUAGACAACCUCUUGUUACGUGCCAGAGAGAAGGUUCCCAGCGGCGGGGAAUUCGUCAGUCAGGCUAUUCCCACUUCUUGGGUGCUCGUGGACGCUGAUGCGUCAACCGCAGUAAACGCACAAUCCAAUCCCAUGAACGGCUAUGCCAGUCCCCUCCUCCAUUCUACUUGUACCUCACCCUGUGUACCAUACUGUUGAUAGCUUACGUCGUAACCGGUACCUUCAACUCAGAAAAGUUUUUCCCAUAUUGAUUGCCUGUUCUUCCAGGCAUCUAUACACGCGCCCGUCCUUCAUUUUUCGCCUUCCCCUCGCACAAUGCUAAAUCCUCAUUCCGUGCUCGCAUUCCUUCCCUCAUUAACUUCGACUGUCUUCUUUGGUGCUCUGUAUUCAUUGCUGUCCCAAGUACCUUUGCAUAAUAUUCCAAGAAGCUGAACUAGGAGGAAGAGCAUUGUCGAUUUGUCGUGUUAUUCUAUUAGGCUGCUCAGUGGCGCACCACAUAUUGUUGAUGACUGUGCCUACCGGUUUUCAUGUAUGCGAGGUUAAACGGCUGUGAUACGAUUUGUCUAUGGAGAUGGGCCCGAGCAUUCGAG